GUUCACCAUCUACAGACAUCACUCAGCUGUGAGUUGUUUUAAAGACAAGCUGUUCUUAGCAAUUUCAAUUUGUUCAUUUUCCCAAAUUAAGUUCAAUACAUACGAAAUGCGCUUGGUAAUUAUUUCGAUUGUUUUUGGAGUGUUGUGUGUUCUUAAAACGCUGGCAGAAUCUCCCCAAAACGAGAAAGAGCGUUUGUUUGUAGCCAGCACGGGUAUAAGUUUCACUACCUUUACUCUGAUAAAAACCACUACAACUUUAACUUCAACCACGACCAUGACUACGACCUGUACAACAUCAACUGCCGCUUUAGCUACUUGCACAACUGGACGUCGACGUCGGGGUCUCUUUUUCGAUGAAAAAGAAGUAAAUAGUCGUCACCGACGUGCUGGGCUCUUCUACAACGACAAUGAAGUUGAAAACAAAGAUGGUUCGGUUUUCCUUCCUUCCGAUAAAAACCCAACAGAAGAAAUUGUCAGUACCCGUGCCGAAAAUACGUCAAUCAUUCCUUUAGAUAUUGAGGCUGGUUUUUCUGUUCCUCAAGGAACUCCCAAUCGUUUUUUGUUGGCAUUUGGAACUUCAACUUUCACCAGCAUUGUUAUAUCUACUUCAACUUUCAGUCUAACUGCCAUUUGCUUAAGUACAACCGGAUUCCCUCUUUGCGGAGGAGCAGGAAAAUAAAAAUGAAGAAAAAUAAUUAAAUAAUGGCGAACUCAUACUCUGUCUUAAUUGAAGAUUUCUCCUAAUAGAGAAAGCUACCUAUCAUAGGAAAUUGUUGAUUAUUUACAAUUUGUAUUUCCUUAUUUCUGGAAUAAACAUGUAAGCAAUAA